UAUUGCAAGGGGGCAGAAUGGGAGCAAAGCUCAGUCGGAAGAAGAGUGAAGUGGGGAUAGGAGCAGAGACAACAGGUCCAGCUGAACAAGAGACUGGAACAGCAGAGGGUUCACCUGUGGCUGAAAAUGCAGAGCAGAAAUGUUCUGAAGGUGAGAUUCAAGAAGAGAGCAAGCCUGCAGAAGAGAAGUCGGACUCUUCAACCAGUGUUCUGCAAAGCCUUACACAAGCUGUAGGAGAAACGGUCAACGCAGUCACUGAGCAGAUUGCUGCACCAGUGGAAGAUGUUGUAAACAAAGGUAUCGAGGCAGUGGAGUCCGCACUGGCAUCCAUCAGCCUGAUUGAGAAGGAACCUGUUGCUCCAGAGAAAGAACCUGAACAGAAGUCUGACCCUGUGGUAGAUCUCGCUGAUUCUGAUGUUCUCCAAGAACCCAGCCUCUUGGAUGACCUCCUGAAAUCUCCAAUCUCAGAAGCCCUCAUUUCUGGAGUCACUAUGGUGAGUGAAGACAUAACCAGCAGGGUAGUGGAAAACAAAAUUAGUAAUCCUGCACCAGCUGAGAACAAGGAUUUGUUGGAAUGUCUAGAUAAGGUGGAGACUCCCUCAGUGGACCUCCUGGACUGUAAACUGACCCAUUAA